CACAUGAAGCUCCAAAUGAUCAGAUGAAAAAAGACGGAAACCUAAAAAAUAAAUAACCCUGAACUAAAAAGUUCGGAAAUGACAUCAUCAGUGUUGAGCCAGGGCUGGCUCAGCUCUUAUUGUGAAAGGUGCGACCGGAAGCCGCUGGUCCCUCUCAGCAUCCUCUCCUCCAGUAGCCGGAGCCGCAUCCCGGGAACAUGGACGACGUCCCGCCGAUCAUCACCAUCCAGAUCGCGCUCCGGAUCCAGCCGAACGACGGGCCCGUCUUCUUCAAGGUGGACGGAACCCGCUUCGGCCAGAGCCGAACCAUCAAGCUGCUGACGGGCUCCAAGUACCGGGUCGAGGUGGCGGUGAAGCCCGGAGCCCUGGAGGCCACCAACAUGAACAUCGGAGGAAUCGUGUUCCCUCUGGAGCAGCAGUCCAGAGACGAGGAGUCGGUGGUUUACCACGGGCGCUACGACACUGAGGGCGUCCCACACACCAAGAGCGGAGACCGCCAGCCCAUCCAAGUCAGUAUAGAGUUCAACAAGGCCGGGUCGUUCGAGACGGUCUGGCAGGUCAAGUUCUACAACUACUACAAGCGGGAGCACUGCCAGUUCGGCAACCAGUUCAGCAACGUGGAGUACGAGUGCAAACCCAACGAGACCCGGACCCUGAUGUGGAUCAACAAGGAGGCCUUCAACUGAGCCGGACCAGAACCGCUCCCUGUUCCUCUGCCCCACCAGAACCGGGCUGGUCUUCAGCUGAACACAACCGGUUCUGACCCGGUCUGAACUGGAGCAGAACCGGUCCGCAUCUGUUCACUAAAGACCAGAAUGAAGAACGGUUCUGUUUAAAGGUUCUGAUCCGAUCCUUCAUGGUCUACUUCAAUGCAGCCAAAUUAAACUGGCCCGGUUCUCCAAGUCCGGUCCACUGGGACGUCUGAGCCGGAUUGGGUUUAUGUUGCAUUUUUCUGGCUGAUUGGAAGGAAAACCUGGACCGGAUCAGAACUUUGGACCAGAACCGGAUCUGUUUGAGUGUUCUGAUUGUUUUCUGUCUAUUUUUGCUUCGUUGAGAAACUUUGAGUUCAGUCACAGAAUGAUGAAAACCAACGAGUGUUCACGGUGACACUCGGACUUGUCUGGGACUACUUUCAGCAGCGGAUGAAUCCGUCAUCUGUCUUCUGCUGCGAGGAGGACUUCUUCUUCUUCUGUGGUUUUCUCCUCGUUCGGCGCUUCUCUCUGCUGCAGCCGCCGAUUUCAAAGAUACAUUUUGCCAAAUCUGAUGUGUUGCUUCUUGUUUUGUAUUCAGACGUAGCGUAGCUGUGAAUAAAGCCGUGUUCUGGA